GCACGGGCACCGCCGCACCGGGUACCGCGACGGACGGGGGCCGGGGCUGAGCGGGCCGGCCGGCGGUGGGUUGUAACGCGUAACCCAGAAACCCCGUUCAGGCGGCGGCGGGGAGGGGCGGGGCGGCCGCUCCGUGGGCGGGCACAGCCGGCGCGGCGUUCCCCGCCGCCGCCGCCGCGCGUCCCCGGUGCGCCCCACGUGCCGCCGCCGCCGCCAUGGGCGUGCUGCCGGUGCCGGCGGAGGUGCGCGCUAUCCUGCUGGACAUCGAGGGCACCACCACCCCCAUCGCCUUCGUCCAGGAGACCUUGUUCCCUUACAUCAAAGACAACGUGAAGGAGUAUCUGCGUGCUCACUGGGAGGAGGAGGAGUGCCAGCAGGAUGUCGGACUUCUGAGGAAACAGGCUCAGGAGGACUCCAGCCUGGACGGGGCCGUGCCGAUCCCUUUGGAGAGCGGCAGCGGGGAAGAGGAGCUGGAGCGCGUCAUCCAGGCCGUGGUGGACAACGUGCACUGGCAGAUGUCCCUGGACAGGAAGACCACGGCACUGAAGCAGCUGCAGGGCCACAUGUGGAGGGCAGCCUAUGCCACCGGGCACGUCAAAGGAGAAAUCUUCGAGGACGUUGUUCCAGCCAUCCGGAAGUGGCGGGAAGCAGGGAUGAAGGUCUAUAUCUACUCUUCAGGCAGUGUCGAAGCCCAGAAGCUUCUGUUUGGAUACUCUACAGAAGGUGAUAUCCUAGAGCUCUUUGAUGGCCACUUUGAUACCAAGAUAGGCCCCAAGGUAGAAAGUGAGAGCUACAGGAGGAUUGCUGCCAGUAUUGGGUGCGCUACCAACAACAUCCUCUUCCUGACAGAUGUCCCUCGAGAAGCCAAUGCGGCCGAGGAGGCGGACACUCACGUGGCUGUGGUGAUCAGACCGGGCAACGCAGGACUGACGGAUGAUGAGAAAUCCUAUUACAGCCUCAUCUCGUCUUUCACCGAACUAUUCUUGCCUUCCUCCACUUAGGGAAAGCGGUGCACGCACAAAAGACUGUGCUUCACCCAAUUGUCCUUGUGAAACGUUAGGUCAUUUUGUCCAUAAUCAGAAUUUCAAACCAAAUCCACAUUAUGUCUUGGGCCUCGUGCAGGCAGGUAUGGAUGGAGAGUAUGGUGUGGGCUCCCUUGUGCAGUAGGACAGAGGCCUGCUGCCAGCUGGAGCUGGGAACAGGGCAGGGAGCAGCACCCGUGAGCCCUGCUGUUCCUCCCCUUUCCUGGCUAGCACUUAGCUAAGGGAAUGCUUCCUCCACACUCAUCCACUGAAAUCUGGUGCUGAGAUGCCCCACGUGAGCUCUCUCAUUUUUAGAAGCAGUCUGCAAACAAGGUUCGUGUCCCCUUGUCCCAGAGGGAGCACUGGGGACCAUGGGGGGAUAUGGGGCUUCUCCCUGCAGAUAGCCAGAAAUCCUAAGUCAAAAACAUUCACAGAUAGGAUUCCCAAAGGGAAAUGCCAACUGUGGGCUAUAAUACAGUAGGACUGGGCUGCCACAGAAGAAGCCAGCCCUUGCUGCAGGCAGGCUCUUUAGACAAGGAACAGUGUGUAUCUUGGCUGUGUCUGCAGCAGCUCUAGGUACAAAACAGUACAACUUGCAUAUGGAAGCCGCUUAGAGCUCCACAGCCAGCCUACCCAGUAUGGAGUAUAUAUAAAUACAGCUUUUAAAAUUAAAUUCUGGACACAUUCACUGCUGCAUCAUGGUUCUGGGCUAUGGGAUAUAACUGUCUGAAGCUCAAAGUCAGCUUGACAGCAUUUCUGAAGUGUCUCAGCCCUGACCCAUGGAGCUCCUCCUCCAGCCAAGAUCACCCAGUCACACGUCCUAGCACUGGUCAGCUGUGAGCAAACCUUGACAAACUGCUCCUGAGGGCAGACAUCCUGCUGCAUUUGAUGAGAGUUAAACCCUUGACCUUUUCACCUUACCUAAAUUGUGCCAAUGUAGAUCAGAUGGUCAUGGAGCUUUUCCUAAUGUAGUAAAUAAAAACACAACUUUGCUUUCAUUGUGUUCACUCCAUCACAGCAUGUAGCCUCCCUGUCUUAGCACCAGUGAUCCCAGCACCUAAAAGGCAAAUUUUAUUAUUUUAUUUCUGAACCUGUGAACACUGUGUUCCUGCUUUCACUUUCCCCAGUCCUUUCUUUAAGGCAGUAGCCUUGUCCUGCCAAGGAAGCUGUACUACCUCCCUGACCAUUUUAGGAUUUCAGUUGCGGCUCAGUGCAGGAGUGAGAGCCACAGGUAGGUUGUACCUGGUGGUAGUGGAGGCAGAGGCAGUCUGAAACUCCUGUCUGAAAUCCUGUUUCCCCAUUCCCUGCUGCUGGCACUUCAUGCAGGGGUGUCUUGCCCUCACAGCCAGCCAAAACAUAGGAUGUGCUUGCUGCCUUCCUGAGCUCUGAUCUGCACCUACAGCUGUCCCUGUUGAGGGAGGCUGAUGGGUAAAGAACAAUGAAGAGACAAGCACUUGGGGAGGAAACCAAAUUGUGCAAGCAAGGCCCUUUUAAAAAUUUAAUAGUACCAAGUCAGUCUGUGGGGCAGCUAGUCCAGAUGCCUUUCUGGGCUGUGCAGUGGGUGUGAUGCUGCUCCUAGAAAGAGCCUGCUAAUUAGUGCUGUUACAGUAAGUGUGUCUGCAUGGCUGAACGGUCCCUGGCUUCCUUAAGUGAUAAUCACUACACUGUAAAUAAAUACUCACCUUUUGUUUUGCCUUUGCCAUCAGAAAGCUAUGCUUGGGGUAGGGAUAAAAAUAAAGCUCACUUUCUCCAUAAAAGCACUUUA